AUGAAAGUCCUAAAGAACCAGCCAUGCGACCAAUGUGGCACAACACGCUAUCGAGAAACGGCAGAAGGAGAAAUGGUCUGUAAAUAUGGUCAUUUGCUCAUCGGUUGGCGGCAAGAAGAAGGCGAUGAAUUCGUAUGGACCGGAAGGUCUCGCGAUAAAGUUCGAGUCAUCCAAGAAGCUAAAGACAACGUUGAAUUGUUCAAGGGUGUUGAUCGAGAAGCAGCUAAACUGCGGAUCGUCCAGUAUGGUCUUCAGCUUGUGGUACGAUCGCUUGUACAUGAUAUGCAUUUCCCCGCCGAGUUUGAGUACGUUGCAAGGGAAUUAUGGUUGACAUACGUAUCAGCAAGUGGUAUACAACUACCCCACGAAUUCACUGGCCAAUUCAACGAGGAUGUCAACAACAACAACAACAACAACAAUAAUAAUAAUACAAAGCAUGGCCGGAAUCUCUUUCAAUCAUCAUCAGCACCCCUUGAAGAGUCAUUAGAAGAUGAAUUCGAUCUCGACCCGUUAGACGAUGACAGUGCCCUGGAUGAAACCAGCGAUAGCAGCAGUGAUAGCGACAUGGAUGAAAGGAGGGGGACGACGAGGAGGAAUAGCUAUACCAAGAAGAAGAGGAAAGCAUUUACAACCGAUUGGCCAAUCCUUCGACUUCGGGACAUUAUUGUCUUUUGUUAUCUGACAUGCUUGUGGAUGAGGAUACCCGUACUUUCUAAUGACAUUCAUCGAUGGUGUUUCAGUUAUCAAUUACCCUAUAUGAAGAUCAUGGAUGGAUUACCGGACGACUUUGUGAAGCGAUUGGAUUCACCCAUGAUGCACAUGUUCACCCGAGUCCCACACCAUUCCAAGAUUGUAUCUCGAAUAUGUUCUUACAAACGCGCCUUUGCCCACCAUUGCAAACUACGAUUUCCAAAGGCCAAUACGCCCAUAUUGAUCCAUCGAUUCCUAUCACAAUUUUAUCUACCAGAACAACUCUACUUUGGUGCAAAACGGAUAUACGAACGGCUGAACGCAUUAUAUGCAACGUAUGAUUACAGGCGAAUGCCAGCGGAUGAUACUCAAGCAAUGGCAUGUGCAGUCAUUUUGGUGAAACUAUGCUAUCGUUUGGAUGAUAAUGCAUUAAAUCCGAUUUUCAAAGAGGAGGAUAUGCCAUCACUAUUGCCCAAGGAUGUUUGGUACGCGCUUGUUCAGGAUAACCUAGAAAAAUGGCGACGGCUGCAAAAACAUGAAUCACUUCAAGUCGACGAGGCCGAACUACCUGUGAUAUUAGAAUUCUUAAAGGACAUUGGAACGUUAUCAGCCAAGCAAGGCAAAAAAGUGCGAAGUAAUGCAUUACGACAGCACAUGCGUUCGGUUUCUAGAGAGAGUCAUGCAAGGGAACGGGGCAAGGACAAUGUGUACAUGAAGCCAGAUCCUCCAACACCCGAUGUCAUUGCCAAAACAGAGUCUGAUAUGGGUACACGUGCUGUUGGUUCCAAAUACGUCACUUACAAACGAACCUAUGGUGAUGAUGUCUUCCAUGAAGAAUAUGUCGUAGUGGUUCUGCUUGCAUCCUACAUACUUGGUAUGGAUUUUUGGAAGUUCCAUCGAUAUUUAAGUCUCUGUGAAACGCAAAUUCAGAAAACAAUGUACAUCAUGCACCAAUAA